AAAAAAUCCGAAACAAUCAAAAAUUCUCCUAUACUGAGUCUAUUUACUUCGGCCACCUACCUACGACUCGUACGGAGCGAUGUACGGACUUUAAAUUAGUCUCUGUCAGUGGUUGUUACUGUGAAGACCUUGUAAAUUCCGAGUUUUUUCGCGAUGAGUUCCGAUUUGAAGGCAUGGGCGAAGCAAGCCGCGAUGCAAGUUGGCUCCGGCGGCAGUGCGGGCUUCAUCGAAGUUUGUAUUAUGCAUCCGUUGGACUUGGUGAAGACUCGUUUGCAGCUCCAGAACAAAAAUACAGUUGUGAAGGUCGCGGGAACGGCAGCUCCACAGCAAGUUUACUACAACGGCGUGUUCGAUUGCAUGAAGAAAAUGAUCAAAAACGAGGGAGUUUUCGCGUUGUACAAGGGAAUUUUGCCGCCCGUGUUGGUCGAGACCCCGAAACGUGCCGUCAAAUUCUUGACCUUUGAGCAGUACAAGCGAUUUUUCAUGUUCGGUGCCGACAAACCGACGCCUCUGACAUAUUCUCUUGCCGGAUUGGGAGCUGGCGUGACGGAAGCGAUUCUCGUUAAUCCCUUCGAGAUGGUAAAAGUGACGCUGCAAGCCAACAGAGCGACGAUGAAGGAAGUCCCAAGCACCUGGGCCGUGACGAAACAAAUUGUCGCCGAAUCGGGCAUCGGUCUCAAUGGCUUGAACAAAGGAGUCACCGCGACAAUUGGCCGAAACGGCGUUUUCAACAUGAUUUAUUUCGGAUUUUAUCACAGCAUCAAGAACGAGUUUCCCGAAUAUCAGGAUCCGACGAAGGAAUUUUUCAGAAAAGUCGGCAUUGGAUUCGUGGCGGGUACGUUGGGAUCUGUCGUGAAUAUUCCGUUUGAUGUGGCAAAAAGUCGCAUUCAGGGACCGCAACCGGUGAAGGGAGAAGUCAAGUAUCGCACGACUUUUGGCUCGAUGGCGACAGUUUACAAGGAAGAAGGCUUUGCGGCGCUGUACAAGGGUUUGACGCCGAAAGUCAUGCGAUUGGGACCCGGCGGAGCGAUUAUGUUGGUGGUCUAUGACUACGUCUUUGAGUUCCUGCAAAAAAGAUUUGAGUAAAUUUGGAGUUGAAACGGAAAUUACUACCUCAAAGCAUUUAAAUUUGGACCGUUUUUGAGACCAGAAACGAUUUUUUUGUAGAUUUUUUAAAUAAAUUGUUGACGAAAUUGUUGAUAAAUUAUUUUUUAUUACA